CGCGCGGGAAAGGCCGCGGGGCUCGCGCGCGCGCGGAGCGAGUUGCGGCGGCGCCUCAGAGCGCGGACUCCGCUCGCCUCAGAGCCGCCAACCACCGCCGAUUGCGGGGAAAUCGCCCUCGUCCGCUCAUUAAACAUCGCGGAUCAAACACAACACUAUAUAUUUUUUUUUAUAACAGUAUUUUAUAUAUUUGUAAUAACGUUAAAAAAGUAUGAAGUUACCUCAGCGCUGCCUGCUGCUACCAUUGGAAUGAAUGGGAUGGGAGGCGAUUCUGACGACUGAGCGCGGAUUGAGGAGUUUGUAGAGACGACGAGGAGACGACGACGAGUCGGGGGGUGGGCACCGCCAGGAGAAAGACGCCGGCUGCUGUGGAGACGGCGCGGUCAUUGGACCUCGCUUUGAGCAGUGACUUAAACCGCCAACCUCACCCACCAUCCCAUCACGAUACACUGUUUCAUCAUUGUUAACGUCUUCAUUUUACCGUUCUGUGAUUUAACUAACCGUUCGGGGUAUAUCUAUCGACCAGCGUUUUGGUUUUCCUGUACAAUACAGUAUAUAUAGACUGUCGUGAUUUACUGUAUGCCGUACACUGUGUUACAGUACACAUUUGCAGCAAUUAUUUUGUGUAUCGUAUUAAGUAGUGAGUACUCAAACUACGUUAUUCUAAGUUUCAAUACAGUGUACAAAUGCAUUCCGUCUAAUGUUGGUCUAUGCACUGCACUGUAUAAUACAGUGACGUGCAAUUAUAUACUGUACCAUUGCAUAUACAAUGCAGUAAAGACUACUGUACGUGCUUUGGAUAUACUAGAGAGUUGUUAAUUCAUUAUGGAGUGUAAACAGUUUUUGCUCACUUCUGUGUAUAUUGUAACACAACACUCUUAAUAGUACUGUAUACAGUAAUCAGACGAGUAUAUACUGUUACCAGCCGAGGCAGAGACCUAUACCUGCACAUUGUAUGCAGGAGAGAUAAUGUGCAGUCUAUAUAUCUUUACAAUAUACAUAGACGAAUUAAUUUUAGUGGCCUCUACUGAAUGAAUAGCCCAUUUGACACCGGGCUCUCUUGCCAGGCAGUUCCUUCUCUUGUAACUGCGUGAAUAUGAUCACGAUUGAAUAUUAUCUGUUAUCUGUUUACUAGGCUAGAUAGAACGCGAAAUGGUACAAUACUUCUAAGGCUAAUUCCGUGUAUAGUGUAUAUUUUGUAUUACUUUCGUGGAAUACCCUUUGCUAAUACAGAGCCCAUUUUAUACAAGUCUUAGAUCUAUUAGUUUACUGUUCUUUACCUAAGUGGGAUCUUAUUGGUGGUGUGUAAGGGUUGUGUAUAUAAUGUGUGAAUAUGUAUUAGAUUGGAGUAUCCGUUUCCAAUAGAUUGAUACAAGACUUGCAAGAGCGUUCUCGCAACUAGUGUACAUCUUUAUUCGUUUACUAUCCUUUACUUAUAGAGAGCCCAUUCACAUAAGUAUUUUGAACGGGUGAUAAGUUAUCUCAUAGUAGAAUACACCUCAGCAUACACCCCCGUCACAGUGCACGCAUCAUACUCAUCAUCUCGGCAGCAGCCGCUGUCGCAUCCAGCCACACCGAGAAGACAUCCAGAGACACCGAGCCCGUCUUGCGGAGUGGCCCGGGAGGACCGUAGGCCCCGCCACACCCCACCGAUCGCACUCGACGGUGGCCGUCAUGGCGAAGAGCGGCGAGGACGCCAAGGAGAACCUGUCGAAGCUGCCCGACGAGGAGCUGCUGCGCUGGAGCAAGGAGGAGCUGGUGCGGCGCCUGCGCAAGUCCGAGGCCGACAAGAUGUCGCUGAUGAUGGACCACGGCAACCUGAUGAAGGAGGUGAACCGCCGCCUGCAGACUCACCUGCACGAGAUCCGCGGCCUCAAGGACGUCAACCAGCGGCUGCAGGACGACGCGCAAGAGCUGCGCGACCUCUGUUGCUUCUUGGACGACGACCGACAGAAGGCAAAGAAGCUGGCGUGGGAGUGGCAGCGCUUCGGGCGCUACACAGCCGCCGUGCUGCGAAAGGAGGUGGCGGCGCAGCAGCGGCGCCUGCGCGAGCUGGAGGUGCGCCAGGAUGCGCUCGUGCGCGAGAACUCCGACCUCAAGGAGCUCUGCCUCAUGCUGGACGAGGAGCGUAACGGUGGCGCCGCAGGCAGCCGCGGCUCCGUGGGCAGCCAGACGAGUCUCACGGGCGCCGCCGGCGCCGUCGCCCCCACGGGUGGCGUCGGUGCAGCCGCCGGUGUUGUCGUCGCCGCGGCGGCGGCCGUGGCAGCGCCUUCGCCGGGCGCGGGGACCCCGGCUGGCGGGGCGAGCGUGCGAGACGGAGGCGACGGAAGUAGCAGCAGCUCGUCCAGCAGUGGCAGCACCAGCAGCCCGGAUCACCAGCACAAGGUGGCGGCGGCGGCAGCGGCGGCGGCGGUGGCGGCACAAGGAGGAGCCAACGCUGUUGCCCGGGAGGCUCAGCUGAGGGCGUCUGCAGAGGACCUUGUGGAUGCUCAGCAGCAGCACCAGCAGCAGCUCCGUGGGCUCGGCUACCCCAACGGAGUGAGCGAUGACCCAGCAAUGUACAUCCAGCAUCUGGAGGCGAGGGUGCGGCAGCUGGAGGAUGAAACCCACAACCUGCUGCAGAGGCCGUCGGCGCUGGAGGCCGCGCGGCUCGACAAGAAGGGGCCGGGAGGCCCGAGGCCGCUGGACUCGCCCCGGCCUUCACCUCCCACACAGCACCGCGAACUCGGCCAGCCUAGCGGCGUGUGGGCGCUGUGCGGCGGUGGUGGCGGCGGCGGCGGCGGUGGAGAAGGAAGCGUCACGGCCAGGCAGCCCAGUCCGCCCUCUUACCCGGGCCAGAAGCCCGAAGCGGUGGUGCAUGCCAUGAAGGUACCCGCGGACGGUGCUGGAGGUCCACGAGAAGCUGGAGAGGCAGGCGCGGGAGCGAGACAUGAGCGAGAAGGAGAAGGCCAUCGUGCGCGAGAUGUGUAACGUGGUUUGGCGGAAACUGGGAGACACCUCGGGCCCCCCACCACCGGCCCGGCCGCCCCCACCGCACUACCCGGGUCCCGUGUGAAGUGGGGGGGGACGGCGGGGGGGGGGGUACCCCCCCACUCCCAGCAGCAGCAGCCUGGAAGUGUCACCUCGCCCCCUCGCCCGUCAAUGGGGGGGCACCAGGGCUGGGAGUCGAGCUUGGGAUGGGGACCUUGAGGGGGAGGGGGCAGGGGGCAAAGAUGUCGUUGUGUUUAGAGUCUCGUGGGGGACGAGGCUCCUGCCACAUUUUCAUUUGAGUUGCCGAGCACAGGAGGCCCGAAGCGCCGAGCGGUCAGCAACAAGGAGCACUGCCACUGUAGUAAUCGCUAAGAACUGGAAACGCGCUCCUUGAACAGAGCGAGGUUGUUGUUGUGAGAGCUGAGUGGGGGACAGAGAAGAGACGAUGGUGGUGGGUGGAGGAGGGAACUCUACACAGUGGAGCAGUACGAGAGGACACGCAGACAGAGAAGUGAGGUGACCUGCAGUGUGGGGAGUGAGUGGGUCGGUGAGUGGGUGAGAGUGCAUAGGAGAGUGGGUGGGUGUGUUGUUGUGACCUGCAGCAGGGUGGUGGUGAAUGAACGUGCGAUGUGGACGCAGCGAAACAAGGCAGCCAGCGAAGUUCAUGGGAGCAGGAACCGCGUAGUCGAAGUAGCGAUAGAAGAGUGAUGAGGAAGUGAUAGAAGAGUGACGAGGAAGUGAUAGAAGAGUGAUAAGGAAGUGAUAGAACAGUGAUGAGGAAGUGAUAGAAGAGUGAUAAGGAAGUGAUAGAAGAGUGAUGAGGAAGUGAUAGAAGAGUGAUGAGGAAGUG